GACCGCCAUCGUCUGAGUUAGCAACCUAACAGAAAAAUCAAAGAGUCAAAAAUCAUCAUCACGCGCUUCAAUGCCAACAGCCAGCUUUCUUCCCGCGAAAACAAACGGCUCACCAUUUCCUUUUCAUCUGUAACUCAAUCCUUUCUCUUAAUUUCCCUUUCAAGAAUUUCUCAAAGAGAAAAUUAAAUUAACCGCCGCGCGAUGAUCGGCUCCUCCCUCUCGCCGUCGCGGUUGCUCAACGGCGAGAGAGCCGUGGUUAUGCUAUUCAUCGGUUGCAUCUUCUUCUCUCUCCCUGUCUCUCUCCUCCUCCACGGCGUCGUUUUAUCCGCAGUAUCUCUCUUAUCUCUUUGCGUAGAAUUACGCGCCGAGUCCUCCUCUUCUUCUCUUUCUCAAUUCAAAACUAGACCUGGUGCUUCGUCGGGGAUCUUUUUAGGUGCAGUUACAUUACCGGCUGUUAUGCUUUCGAAAUUGAUACAACUUUCAAGAGCAUUCUCAUUACAUCAGAUUGAAUUUGAAGAGCUUAAUUAUUUGUCAAUGCAAUACUGGGCGACUUCUGCUAGCUGCUUCAGUGUACUUAUCUUUCUCUGCUGGAUCAUGUGGCAUUCAAAUGGCAGUGUGCACCAUGCCCAACAUAAAGCAUGGGAUGUUAUUUUUAGCUUAAGUUGCAUCGUUCUAUGUGCAACAAUUCUUAUUUUGUCCGGUUCUGGUAUGCAAACUGCAGAGUUGCUGUGGGUGAUCGUUCAUGGAUUCGUAGCAGUGAAGCUAGUGCAGCAUCUACUUGAUACCUUUCCCUCAUGUGCUUCCAUAGGGGAAGCAUUUAUGGUCACUAUAGGUCUCGUUAUCUAUUUCGGUGACAUGUUGGCCUGUACCACUGCAAAGUUUGAUGGAUACUGGGUUUCAUCAAAGGCAGUCCUUGUAGAAUCGGAAAUCAGAAGAAGUGAGAUUAGUACUGUAAUUCAGGGCCUACUUCUUGGCCUUCUUCUCUUCCCGGUUAUCUUCAAAUUUGUUCUCCAUAUGUGGGAGUGCUUUUAUUGCGGAACAAACUUUGGAGCAGGGGCAUGUAGUGAGAGAGGAAAAGCACUUCUAUUUUUUGCUUCUCUCGGUCUUAUCAUGGUUUUAAUUGUUCCUUCAUGGAUGCAGUUUGUUCAGAAUUUUCAAGUGCAUCCAUUUUUAUGGGUGAUAACCUAUGUCUUUUCGGAACCGCUAAAAAGACUUUCAUUAUGUAUUUACUGGGUGUCUGUGAUAUACGUCUCUGUUCUGAGGUUUUACAGCAUAUCAAAGAGUAGUAAGAUUGAGAGAAUUCUUCUUCGAAAAUAUUACCAUCUGAUGGCUGUUUUAAUGUUCCUGCCCGCUGUUAUCUUUCAGCCAAAGUUUCUUGACCUUGCUCUUGGUGCAGCCUUGGCAGUUUUCUUGACCUUAGAAAUCAUCCGAGUAUGGAGAAUUUGGCCUUUGGGACAACUCAUACAUCAAUUUAUGAACGCAUUCACUGACCAUCGUGACUCUGAUCUUCUUAUUGUCAGCCACUUUUCACUGUUAUUGGGAUGUGCACUCCCUAUUUGGAUGUCUUCUGGGUACAAUGACAGGCCUCUUGCUCCUUUUGCUGGAAUUUUGAGCCUUGGAAUUGGGGAUACAAUGGCAUCAAUGGUUGGGUACAAAUACGGUGUCCUCAGAUGGAGCAAAAGUGGGAAGAAAACAAUUGAAGGCACUGCAGCUGGUAUAACAUCUGUCCUGGCUGCAUGCUCUGUUUUGCUGCCAAUUCUAGCUUCUGCCGGAUACAUUUUUACCCAGCACUGGGUCUCACUUCUCCUAGCAGUGAUUGUGAGUGGUUUAUUGGAGGCAUAUACAGCACAACUUGAUAAUGCUUUUAUACCACUCGUUUUCUACAGUCUUCUAUGUUUAUAAAUCCUCCACCACAAUACAAGCUCUGUCCACGAGUGACAUAAUGGACAAAGUCCAUGUAAUUUUCUUUUUGAUCUUGUGAGGACGGGCUGUUGGAUGCCCACCCGUAGGAUGAUGAAUCAUGCAGUAGGCAAUUUUUGUUUGUUAUUUCAUACUGUGUUGUAUUCGUCUAAACUCAAAAUAUUGUAAUUUGUUUUGAAAUAGUAGUGAUUUGUUCAUUGUACAUCAUCGAGUAUCGGGUAGAUUGAGAUGUUCAGUGGUUUUUCUGAGAUAAUACCAUCGACAUGUUUAAUAAAUUUAUUUAAAUGAAUCAAAUAGUAAUUGUGAAGA